CUGGAACCAUCGACAGGAUGCAACAUCGGGCGGCGGCGUCCAUCCGAAAAUCGUUCCUGCGGUACUUCGAGCAGCACGGCCACACUUUGGUUCCGAGCAGCUCGCUCGUACCCACGUCCGAUCCGACGCUUUUGUUUACGAAUGCAGGUAUGGUUCAAUUCAAACAGGUGUUUCUGGGCCAUGAAACCCGCGACUACACUCGUGCAACAUCCUCGCAGCGAUGUGUUCGCGCUGGCGGCAAGCACAACGACCUGGACCAAGUGGGAUUGACCGCCCGGCAUCACACGUCGUUCGACAUGCUGGGUAACUUUUCGUUUGGCGACUACUUUAAAGAAGAAGCGAUUUUCCACGCGUGGACGGUGUUGACCAAGGAAUUCGAGCUCCCCAUCGAUAGGCUGCAUGUGACCGUGCUGGACAAUGACGAUGAAGCCAUGCUGUGGUGGCGCAAGAUAGCUCAGCUGCCCGACAGCAAAAUCCAACGUCUCGGACCGGACGACAACUUUUGGGCCAUGGGAGACACGGGGCCGUGUGGACCUUGCUCUGAGAUUUUCUUCGACCAAGGCGACGCGUUUUCAAAUUACGACGAUCGAUACUUGGAGCUAUGGAACCUCGUGUUCAUGCAGCACAAUCGUCUGGCGGACGGAACGCUGCUGCCACUACCGACGCCUUGCGUGGACACUGGCAUGGGCUUGGAGCGCAUGGCCUCCGUCAUGCAAGGCGUCGUCUCCAACUACCACACAGACGUGUUUACCCCGCACUUGGACGCGGUGGCUAGUGCGUUGGAUGCUCAGUCGUCUUCGGCGUCCACAAGGUCAUUUCAAGACGCAGUCGCUGACGAAUUGCGUUCGAAUCGGUUUGGAACCACCGCGGACAUUCAAAUCGUUCGUGUCGUGGCUGACCACUUGCGAACGGCGUAUGCGCUGAUGGCGGACGGUGUGUUUCCGUCCAACGUUGGCCGCGGAUAUGUCCUUCGGCGUAUCCUGCGCCGGGCCAUGCGGUUCGGACAGCAAGCGGGGGUGCACGAUCCAUUCCUGUCCCGCAUUCCCAUGGGAGCCGACCCGGCCGUGCUCGUCCAGCUGCAAGCAGUUGUCGAGAACGAGGAGAAGGCGUUCUUCGCCAUGCUCGCUCACGGCACGAAGGCCGUCGACAAGCUCCUCCACACCUCCAACCGCAAACACUUGACCGGUCAAGAGGCGUUCUUUCUGUAUGACACGUACGGGUUGUCCAUCGACAUGACCGAAGCCAUUGUUGCCGCCGCCGGCGCGACUGUGGACAGCGCUGCAUUCGAAGUAGUCCGUGGCCAGCAUCAAGCAGGUGCUUCCGGCGGCGGCGCUGUCCUGGGAUCGUCGUCGUCCAUGGCCACUGUCGACGACCACCACGAGCCACACAAUCCGCACUUGCUGGUCCCGACGCCGUUUGUAGGCUACGAUACGACAGCGGUCAAAGCGGCCACCGUUCUCCAAGCAACGAAAGCGACAAAGGCCAAAAACGUCGUGGCACUGGCGAUAUCGCCGUGUCCGUUCUACGCUGAAGGUGGGGGGCAAGUCGGGGACCGCGGGUGGGUGUCCGUCGCGGGGUUUGACGACCCGUGGGUCGUUGCCGACUCCAUUCGUGCGGGGCCGGAAACGAUCCACGUCCGUGUUCAAGUUCCAUCGUCGUUGUCGGUCGAUGGCGCGAUCGCCCACCUCGCGGCCAACCCAGUGGUCCAUGCCAACGUGGACGAAAGCUUCCGACAACGCGUCGCUGCCCACCACUCUGCGACGCAUGUGCUACAAGCGGCACUGCGGGAAAUCCUUGGCCCUCAUGUGACCCAGUGCGGAUCGUACGUCGGUCCGGACCGCCUUCGGUUUGACUUCGCUCACUUUGGUGCCCUCACGGACGACGAGCUGCGCGCGGUGGAAGCUCGUGUCAAUGAAGUCGCGCUGGCAAAUGCUGCCGUUCACGUGGAAGAGAUGGAAAAGGCCGCUGCCCUGGCGAGCGGCGCGAUCGCGGCAUUUGGAGAAAAGUACGGAGAUCUCGUGCGGGUCGUCAAGGUCGGCUCCAUGUCGAGUGAGUUUUGUGGGGGAACCCACGUGGCGUCCGCGUCGGCGCUGGUCCCGUUCGUAAUCGUGAGCGAAGCCUCCGUCGCGGCGGGAACUCGACGUAUCGAGGCCGUAGCAGGUCUGGAAGGAGUAAAGCGGUUGCAGGAAAAGAAUAAAGUCCUCGAAGACGUUGCUGCCCAACUCAACACGAUUCCCGCGAUGGUGACGCAGAAACUGGCGCGACAACAGACCCACCUUAAGGCGCUCGAAAGCUUCAACCAGUCGCUGACCGAUCGAUUUGUCUACAGCCCCAUGGACUCGUCCAAGACGUUCACGGGGACGUGGGGUACCAGUGCCCCGUCCGAGUCGGUCGUGGUGCAGUUGCACCUGAUCGACGACUUGCAUCCACCCAAGGCCGACGCGAACAAGGCGCGAGUCAAUUUGUACAUGACGGCAUUGCGGCGCCGAGCAGAGCACGUGGCAAAGUUAACUCCGUCGGCAGUGCAUGUGUUCGUGAUGGGUGAAAGCGUCAUCUGCAUGGGGAACGACCUCGUGAACGCAGGCGAGUUGCUCAAACAGCUCAUGCAAGGGUUGGGCCAUGGAGGGGGCAGCAAGACAUGCGGGCAAGGCAAGCUGCGUCCGACCGCAUCCGCGGCGGAUUUGAUUGCCGCCCUUGCCUCGACAGAGUAGUGGUGGACGCGUGUUUCGAAUCGAUAGAUUGUUUCCGUCACGGGGGGUUAGCGCAUAUGGUCUGCUCCUUGUAAAAGCUAUCGUUGGAAA